AGUUGAUGGGACACAACAGGAAAUAUUUGUGGUAUCGCCUGCUGCCUUUAAUCCAGCAGUCUUGAUCUCAUCAUAGUGGGUCUGGUGCUAGAGAGAGAAGUGGACCCAGGCUGUGUAGCUGCCAUCUUCUUUCUCCCAUUGUAAGUGGGCCUCACCCAUUCUCAGCAGGUUCUUCCUUUGUGUGAAAUACCUGCACUUCAAAAAUGGAUGUAGAUAAUCUAAACUAUCUCAAUGGUGAAAAUUCUUUGUCUCUGCAUAAAGUGAUUAUGGUAGGCAUUGGAGGAGUAGGGAAAUCUGCAUUGACUUUACAAUUCAUAUAUGAUGAGUUCGUAGAAGAUUAUGAACCUAACAAAGCAGAUCACUACAGAACAAGAGUGGUCCUGGAUGGAGAAAAUGUUGAGAUCAAUGUAUUGGAUACAGUAGGACAGCAAGACUAUGGUGCAAUUCAAGACUACUACAUUCAAAAUUCAGAAGGCUUUCUCUGUGUAUUUUCAAUUACAGAUCUUGAAUCUUUUGAAGCUACAGCUGAUUAUAGAGAGCAAAUUUUAAGAGUAAAGGAAAAUGAAAAUGUGCCGUUUCUACUUGUUGGCAACAAAUUGGAUUUAGAAGAUGAAAGACAGGUUUCUGUAGAAGCAGCCAAAAACAGAGCCUAUCAGUGGAAUGUUAACUAUGUGGAAACAUCUGCUAAAACAAAAGCUCAUGUUGACAAGGUAUUUCUUGAUUUAUUGAGAGAAAUCAAAGCAAGAAAGAUGGAAGACAAAAUUGAAUUGUUCGAGUAGAUGGUGUUAGCCCCACUAGGUAGACCAGACCAGGAAAUCAACUCCACGGGAAAGUUAACACUACUUUUAUUGAAAUCAAGUAGAAUAACAGAAUCCUGCAAGUUUGAUUAAUUCAGUGAAUUAAGGAGGCAUCUGAAUGGGCGGCUUCUGAAUGUUAUCUGGACAUUCUGGACUUAAAAAAAUGUUUUACCCCUUGUUAUCUUGACAACAGAGCUUGCAUAUCUCUGCCAUGGUCAUCUUCCUUACUCUCUGCACAUGGUGAAUUCAGUCUUCAUCUAUGUCUGGGGGGGAGGGGAGUUUUUUUGUCCUUGAUGUUUUUAAUUCCCAAAUUGUUUUUCAAUUUUGAAUCAGUUAUAACAAAGGAAGACAACACUAUUCUACUUGAACAAAAAAAGCUACUGCAAAUAAAUGUAGGAUUAAUAGCUCAGUUAUCUCUCAAACUCAAUCAGUAAGUGAUUACUCAAUCAGCAGAUUUUAAUCAGUACAUGUAUCUUAAUCAGUAAAUGUAUUUCUUGAAUACUAUAAUUUACAGUAGUUGGUGUUAAAGAAGGUUGAUUGCUGGAUGCCCAUGUCACAGCACGUCUUCUUCAACAAUCCAGGAUUGGCCCUGGUACUUAGCAUUGGAAAUAUUGACAAAAUAAACUGAAGAGAAUAAA